AUGAUAUCACACGAUGAGAUUGUUGAGACGGAUGGAGUGAAGUCAGUGUCAGUGACAGAAGGGGAAUCUGUCAUUCUACAGAAUGAUGCUACUGAAUUACAGAAAGAUGAUCUGAUUGUAUGGAGGUUUGGAGAUAAAGGCGUCCUCCUAGCUAAAAUCGAUGUAGAAACUAAAGAGCUCUCAUUAAAUGAUGCUGAUGAACGAUUCAGAAACAGACUACAACUAGAUCAAAAUGGAUCUCUGACCAUCACAAACGCCAGACCCGAACACACUGGACUUUAUGAAGUACAGGUCAAAGGCCGCAAGAGCUCACAGCAGUUCCUUGUUUCUGUCAGUGCUGAUUUGGGUUGGUCAUCAACUGUCAUGGCUGGAAUAGUUGUUGCUGUUCUGCUGUUGGCUGGACUUUUAGCUGCUGUUGUGAUUUACUAUCGCCACUGGAUCUCUAAACUAGAAAAACAAGUGGCUGAAGAAGAGAAAGUGGAAGGAAUGGAAGGAAGAACUGUCGUUCUAAACACUGGUACUACACUACAGAACGGUGAUGAGAUAAAGUGGUGGUUUGGAGAUGACAAAAAUCCCAUAACACAAAACAGUGAAUGGAUCAGUACAGACGCCGAUAUAAGCUGUGAUGUUACUGACGAGAGAUUCAGAAACAAAGUGCAGCUGGGUGGUGGGACUGGAGAUCUCAUUAUUUGUUAUAUCAGGACCAUUCACUCUGGAGUCUACAAAGUACAGAUCAGCAGCAAAACCAGAAUCAAAAACAAGAGAUUCAUUGUUACUGUCAAUGUGGGGAACGUGUCAGUGAAGGUUGGACAAUCUGUCACUCUAAAGACCGAUAUUAAAAUACAGGAAGGAGAUCUGAUACUGUGGACCUUUGGAGUUAAAAACGGUCUCAUUGUUAAAGCCGAAUCAGGGAAAACUAGUAUUAGUGAGAGCUUCAGAGGCAGACUGCAGCUGAAUGAUCGAGAUGGAUCUCUGACCAUCACAAACAUCACCAAUGCAGACUUUGGACAUUUUCAACUACAGGUCCUCAACAGCGAACGGAACAGAUUCAGGAGAUUCAAUGUGAUCAAAGAAUGCCGCAAGCACACCACAGGUCAUGUGACAAGAACUAUCCAAUCAGGUUCACCCUUCCGUAACAACAUUGAAAAGAUGAAGGAACAGCUGAUCAUAGCUGGAAUAGCCAGAGCUGUACGAUUUGUCAAGUGCCUAAUAUUUCGACACCAACUGGAGAAACAAACAGUGAAUGGAGAUGCAUAA